CUUGGUGUCGCUGAGCGUCCGACCGCCGCGGCUCCGCGCUCCGCACCCAGCUCCUCCCGCGCCCGGGUCCUCUGAGCCCCCCUCGGCCCGCCGAUCCCCGAGAGGCACGGGCGAGGGGCGCCGGGGCCGGGAGUCCGGCGCCCGCGGAGCGAAGCCGAGCGGGCCUGGCGCUGGGGUGCCGCGGACCGACGCUUCUGCGGGGCCCAUGCGCGCGGGCAGCCGCCCCUGACGCGGGAGCCCGAGAUUAGGAGGGGACCGAGCAGAGCCUAGACCUGGAAGACUCGAUCAUGGAGCGAGUGCGGUUCGCAGCGUCUAGCCCUGCCCUGCGAGGGUGGCCGCUGCUGGCGAUUGUGACAUUGGGGCUCCUGGCUCAGAGCGCCUUGGCGGGCGUGAAGAAGUUGGAUGUGCCCUGCGGAGGCAGAGACUGCAGCGGGGGCUGCCAGUGCUACCCCGAGAAAGGAGCACGGGGUCAGCCAGGGCCAGUGGGCACCCAGGGAUACAAUGGGCCCCCGGGGCUGCAAGGAUUCCCUGGACUACAGGGCCGCAAAGGAGACAAGGGUGAACGGGGAGCUCCAGGGCCAACAGGACCAAAAGGAGAUGUGGGAGCGAGAGGCGUCUCUGGAUUCCCUGGUGCAGAUGGAAUUCCUGGGCACCCAGGGCAAGGUGGACCCCGAGGAAGACCCGGCUAUGAUGGUUGCAACGGGACCCGGGGAGACGCGGGUCCACAGGGGCCCACUGGAUCUGGGGGCUUCCCUGGCCUCCCUGGGCCCCAAGGACCCAAGGGGCAGAAAGGCGAACCUUACGCACUCUCUAAAGAAGACCGCGACAAAUACAGGGGUGAACCUGGAGAGCCGGGACUGGUUGGCUACCAGGGGCCUCCCGGCCGCCCAGGGCCUAUAGGACAGAUGGGCCCCAUGGGAGCUCCUGGAAGACCGGGACCACCGGGGCCCCCUGGACCCAAAGGACAGCCAGGCAACCGCGGACUUGGUUUUUAUGGACAGAAGGGUGAAAAGGGUGACAUAGGACAACCAGGACCCAAUGGAAUCCCAUCUGAAAUCACACAUGUUGGGCCCACGACAACAACAUACCACCCAGAUAUGUACAAGGGUGAAAAGGGAAGCAAAGGAGAGCAAGGGAUAACAGGCAUAUCGUUGAAAGGCGAGGAAGGCAUCAUGGGAUUCCCCGGGAUACGGGGAUUCCCUGGCCUUGAUGGAGAAAAAGGAGUCUUUGGACAGAAAGGAAGCAGAGGCCUAGACGGUUUCCAAGGCCCCAGUGGACCCCGAGGACCCAAGGGAGAACGUGGGGAGCAAGGUCCCCCAGGGCCUCCUGCCUACUCGCCCCAUCCGUCCCUGGCAAAAGGUGCCAGAGGUGACCCAGGAUUCCCAGGUGCUCCGGGAGAGCCAGGAAGCCGGGGUGAGCCAGGAGACCCUGGACCCAUGGGGCCCCCAGGCUCGUCCAUCGGAGAUGAAGAUACAAAGAGAGGCCUUCCAGGGGAGAUGGGACCCAAAGGCUUCUCAGGAGAGCCGGGCCUUCCUGCACUCUAUCCUGGCCCACGAGGCGCUGAUGGAAAACCAGGUCCCCAAGGACUGCCUGGACCUGCAGGUCCCCCUGGACCAGAUGGCUUCCUGUUUGGCCUGAAAGGAUCAGAAGGAAGAGGGGGCUACCCCGGGCCUUCUGGUUUCCCAGGGACUCGAGGACAGAAAGGAUGGAAAGGUGAAGCUGGAGACUGCCAGUGCGGCCAGACCGGCGCAGGCCUUCCGGGACCGCCAGGACCCAAGGGUUUCCCUGGUGUCAGUGGGGACCAGGGACAGAAAGGGGAACCAGGAGACCCAGGCCUGCAUGGUAUCCCAGGGUUCCCGGGAUUCAAGGGAGCCCCGGGCCCCACUGGAGUUCCUGGACCCAAGGGAAUAAAGGGAGAUUCUAGAACAAUCACUACCAAAGGUGAGCGGGGACAGCCGGGCAUCCCUGGUGUGCACGGGAUGAAAGGUGACGAUGGUGCCGCCGGACGUGAUGGGCUUGAUGGAUUCCCCGGGCUUCCCGGUCCUCCGGGUGAUGGCAUCAAAGGCCCUCCAGGGGAUGCGGGUCCCCCUGGCGUACCUGGAAUCAAGGGCUUUCCAGGAGAGGCGGGUCCUCCAGGACAGGGCUUACCAGGCCCGAAGGGCGAGCGUGGUUUCCCUGGAGAUGCUGGGUUGCCAGGACCUCCAGGCUUCCCUGGUCCUCCGGGUCCCCCAGGAACCCCAGGACAGACAGAUUGUGAACCAGGUGUGAAAAGGCCUAUCGGAGGCCAGCAAGUGGUCGUUCAGCCAGGUUGUGUUGGAGGUCCCACAGGAUCACCCGGCCAGCCAGGCCCCCCAGGCCCCACAGGUGUCAAAGGCAUCAGAGGAAUGAUCGGUUUCCCAGGAGCUUCUGGAGAACAAGGGCUCAAGGGCUUUCCAGGAGACCCAGGUCGUGAAGGCUUCCCAGGACCCCCAGGAUUCAUGGGACCUCGAGGAUCCAAAGGUGCCCCAGGCCUCCCUGGCCCAGAGGGGCCCUCAGGCCCCAUUGGACUUCCAGGGCCAGCUGGACCACCUGGGGACAGAGGGAUUCCAGGAGAGGUCCUUGGGGCCCAGCCUGGGCCCCGGGGAGAUGCUGGACUUCCAGGACAGCCUGGGCUAAAGGGGCUCCCGGGAGAAAUAGGACCACCGGGAUUCAGAGGAAGCCAAGGGAUGCCCGGAAUGCCAGGGCUUAAAGGACAGCCAGGCUUCCCAGGACCUUCGGGACAGCCAGGACUGUCUGGGCCCCCAGGACAGCAUGGAUUCCCAGGAGCUCCUGGCCGAGAGGGGCCCUUGGGGCUGCCAGGCUCCCCCGGCCUUGGAGGUCUGCCUGGAGACAGGGGUGAGCCUGGUGACCCUGGGGUCCCUGGCCCUGUGGGCAUGAAAGGUCUGUCUGGGGACAGAGGUGACGCCGGCAUGUCAGGAGAGCGUGGCCAUCCUGGAAGCCCUGGAUUUAAAGGAAUGGUAGGGAUGCCUGGCAUCCCUGGGCAAAAAGGCGAUCGAGGGUCACCCGGAAUGGAUGGCUUCCAGGGCAUGUUGGGGCUCAAGGGAAGGCCGGGGUUCCCAGGAAUCAAGGGAGAGGCUGGAUUCUUUGGAGUUCGUGGUGCGAAGGGCCUGCCUGGCGAGCCAGGUGUUAAAGGAAACCGAGGAGACCGGGGUCCCCCAGGACCACCUCCUCUCAUCCUGCCAGGGAUGAAGGACAUUAAAGGAGAAAAGGGAGAUGAAGGGCCAAUGGGUCUGAAAGGCCACUUGGGCUUAAAAGGUAUCCAAGGCAUGCCCGGAGUCCCCGGGCUGUCUGGAAUCCCUGGGCUCCCUGGGAGGCCCGGCCAUGUCAAAGGAGUCAAGGGAGACAUCGGAGUCCCUGGCACACCAGGCUUGCCCGGGUUUCCGGGGGUGAUUGGCCCUCCUGGAAUUACGGGGUUCCCAGGAUUCAUAGGAAGCCGGGGUGACAAGGGUGCCCCAGGAAUAGCAGGGGUUUUUGGCGAGGCUGGCCCCACUGGAGACUUUGGUGACAUUGGGGAUACUGUGAACUUGCCGGGAAGCCCAGGACUGAAGGGGGAACGGGGAGUCACCGGAAUUCCAGGUCUCAAGGGAUUCUUCGGGGAGAAAGGAGCUGAGGGUGACGUUGGAUUUCCUGGGAUAACAGGCAUGGCGGGGGCCCAGGGCUCUCCCGGACUUAAAGGACAGACAGGCUUUCCAGGGCUCACAGGGCUGCAAGGGCCACAGGGAGAGCCUGGACGGAUCGGAGUGCCCGGCGAGAAGGGCGAUUACGGCUGGCCAGGCGUGCCAGGUCUACCAGGUUUCCCAGGAAUCCGAGGCAUCAGCGGAUUACACGGCCUGCCAGGCACCAAAGGCUUCCCUGGAUCCCCAGGGGCUGAUGUCCACGGAGACCCAGGGUUCCCAGGCCCCACUGGAGACAGGGGUGACCGAGGAGAGGCUAACACACUUCCAGGCCCUGUGGGAGCUCCAGGGCAGAAAGGGGAGCGCGGAACCCCAGGGGAGCGUGGCCCAGCCGGAAGCCCAGGACUUCAGGGUUUCCCCGGCAUCUCUCCACCAUCCAACAUCUCCGGCUCACCUGGUGAUAUAGGGGCGCCAGGAAUAUUUGGCUUGGAAGGUUACCGAGGCCCUCCAGGACCACCUGGGCCAAACGCGCUUCCUGGAGUCAAAGGAGAUGAGGGAAGUUCCGGAGCUACAGGAAACCCUGGACAGAAAGGAUGGGUUGGGGACCCAGGGCCCCAGGGCCAGCCUGGCGUGCACGGUUUUCCAGGGGAGAAAGGGCCUAGGGGUGAGCAAGGACUCAUGGGAAACACUGGGCCCUCUGGGGCUGUGGGCAACAGAGGUCCCAAAGGGCCCAAAGGAGACCAAGGAUUCCCAGGUACGCCUGGCUCUGUGGGAUCACCAGGCAUUCCAGGCAUUCCCCAGAAGAUCGCCAUCCAGCCAGGACCCAUGGGUCCCCAGGGCAGAAGAGGCCUUCCCGGUGCACAGGGAGAGAUAGGGCCUCAGGGCCCUCCUGGAGAUCCAGGUUUCCGCGGGGCUCCAGGCAAGGCUGGGCCCCAGGGCAGAGGUGGCGUGUCUGCUGUUCCAGGGUUCCGGGGAGACCAAGGGCCCAUGGGGCAGCAAGGCCCAGUCGGCCAGGAAGGGGAGCCAGGCCGUCCAGGGAACCCAGGCCUGCCAGGGAUGCCUGGCCGCAGCGUCAGCAUCGGCUACCUCCUGGUAAAGCACAGCCAGACGGAGCAGGAGCCCAUGUGUCCCGUGGGCAUGAACAAGCUAUGGAGCGGGUACAGCCUGCUGUACUUCGAGGGCCAGGAGAAAGCCCACAACCAGGACCUCGGGCUGGCGGGCUCCUGCCUGGCACGCUUCAGCACGAUGCCGUUUCUGUACUGCAACCCCGGGGAUGUCUGCUACUACGCCAGCCGCAAUGACAAGUCCUACUGGCUGUCCACCACUGCUCCACUGCCCAUGAUGCCCGUGGCUGAGGACGAAAUCAAGCCUUACAUCAGCCGCUGCUCUGUGUGCGAGGCCCCGGCCGUGGCCAUCGCCGUCCACAGCCAAGAUGUCUCCAUCCCCCACUGCCCGGCCGGCUGGCGGAGCCUGUGGAUCGGGUACUCCUUCCUCAUGCACACUGCAGCCGGGGACGAAGGCGGCGGCCAGUCCCUGGUGUCGCCGGGCAGCUGCCUGGAGGACUUCCGUGCCACGCCGUUCAUCGAGUGUAACGGGGGCCGCGGGACCUGCCACUACUUCGCCAACAAGUACAGCUUCUGGCUGACCACCAUCCCCGAGCAGAACUUCCAGAGCACGCCGUCCGCCGACACACUCAAGGCAGGCCUCAUCCGCACACACAUCAGCCGCUGCCAAGUGUGCAUGAAGAACCUGUGAGCCACCGCCCUGCCAGCAGCUGGGGGAAGGCCACUUUGGUGCUUACCCUUUUGUACUUGUUUCUUUUUUGUUCUUUUGUUUGAGACAGUGUCUCGCUUUUCAUCCCUGCCCAGCCGGGAACCAUGUAACCGGCCGGCCUCCAACUUGUGGCAAACCUCCGGCGGCCUCAGCUUCCCAAGUGCUGGGAUUACGGGCGUGUGCCACCACACCCAGCUUGGUGCUUACUCGUAACUUAUUACCUCAGAUGCUGACCCCAAAGUUGAUCGUAGUAUUUCCUUUAAGAACAAAACUGCCAAAGCAAUUCUGCACCAGCACUCACAGCGGUCGCCUGCCUGUCAGCACAUGGGCGCUGGUUCCUCUGGGCUCCGUCACGCGUGGCCCCCAGCCGUGCUGACACCCAGCUCCUGGAGCCCUCACCGUGUGGGACAUGGGUAUCGUGCCGUCAGGUGCAGCCAGCAGUCACUGUCCUGUGUGUCCCUCCACGUCCACUGGCUGCAGGCGGCUCACCUUCCUCCCCUCUUUCCCUAAAAUAAGGCAGACGCUGCCGGGCGACAGAUGAGACUGUGGCCAGUGACGGCUGGGGUUCUCUGUCACCUGUCUGUCACCUGUCUCCACCCAAGGAGGCUUGCAGUGCCCUCUGUCUAGCCCUGUUUUCCUGGCGGAGGGAGGGGAGUACCGUUUUCUACCAAAUCGACAGCUGCCGCCUCCCGAGUCCCCACAUGAUGGCGCCUGCCUUUUUAAGACCCUGACUCUGGCACAUGGCUCGUACCAGCCGAACCCACCGGGAAGGCGAGGUCUCUCUAGCCCUCACCAGCAUCUACUGGAAGGAGCACUUAGCAAGGCAUUCACAGUGGCGUCCACAACCUGUGUCACCCUAAACACCUCCCUCCCCAACCUCGGUCCCUGCAGCGAGCUGUUCUAAGACUUCCCUGUGUAACACAACAAAUAAAAGACAUUCUAAGUA